AUACGGCUAUACCCCCCAUAAAAACCCCAACCCGAAACAUAAACACACACUAAAAACCCACAUAAACCCUUUCUACAUUUUGUCUUUGCAUUCAAUUACUUCAACACUAGAUCUUCAGCAAAAGCUCUUCUUCAACUUCAAUUUGGUUUCUGCUUUCUGUGUCUCUUUGUUCACCCAAAAAUGGCCUCAGAACAAGCCGUGGACAAAGUGCCAGUACCCCUUUUCAAGUAUUCCAAGAGGGUGAUCUUGAAAACCUUAUUGGGUCGUGCCGAUGGUGGGGUGGGAUUGGUCGGAGAGAGAGUGGUGGUUGGAGGAUGGGUUAAGUCUUCCAGGGAGAUGAGAAAGGAGCCCUCACCGUCACCGCCCACAAAUGUUGCUAAUCCUGAGGGAAGCCCAAAUGAUGUGAGCUGUGUGGAAGUUUUUCAAUCUCGCGUACCAUUUUUCAGGGCAAUUAUAAAGGUCUUGUUGGGAAGCGAUGGUCGUCUUCGCGAAAAGUCGGAUCCGAUUACUCCGAAGCUCCCUCCCCUUUCAGUAUCAAUUCUGCAAAUUAGUGAUGGUUCUUGUGUUUUCAAUCUUCAGGUUCUGGUGGAUUCAUCUAUGGCUCCUCCCAGCCAGCUGAUGCCCUCUGGAACUUGUAUAUUACUAGAAGGAAUAUUGCAGGAGCCAAAAAUAAAAGGAAAACAUGUUAUUGAGCUCAAAGCAGAGCAAAUUCUACAUGUUGGCAUUGUUGAUCAAGAUAAGUAUCUCUUAUCAAGGAAACGUUUGCCACUGGAUUUGUUAAGGGAUUGUUCCCAUUUUGGACCGCGAACGACAACGGUGGCAACUGUCACGCGAAUUCGUAAUGCCCUGACUCAAGGGGCUCAUACCUUCUUCCAAAGCCAUGGGUUUCUUUAUGUUCAAGUGCCCAUAAUUACAAGCACAGAUUAUGAAGGACUUGGUGAGAAGUUCCAUGUGACAACUCUGUUGAGCAAAGAAAUUGUGGAGUCAAGUACCAUGACUGAUGCUGGAGAUGUUGGCCUUGAAGCUGUGAAGGAUUCUAUAAGGCAAAAAAACAAGCAAGUUGAAGACCUCCAGAGAACCGAAAGCAAUAAAGAAGCUCUGCUUGCUGCAGUUCAGGAUCUCAAGAAAACAAAUGAGCUAGCAUUACAGCUGGAAGCUAGAGAGAAAACGAAGUCUGUAACCUCGGAUAAAGCCAAGAUUGCUCGCUUCUCUGAAGAUUUCUUUUCUCGCCCCACUUAUCUGACAGGUUGUGGUAGCCUUCAUCUCGAGAGCUAUGCAUGUGCCCUUGGAAAUGUUUACACAUUUGGACCUAGAUUUCGGGCUGAAAGAUCAGAAUUCCAAAAGUCUUUAGCAGAGAUGUGGAUGAUAGAGGUUGACAUGGCGUUCUCACAAUUAGAGGAUGCCAUAAAUUGUGCAGAUGACUUUUUGAAGUUCCUCUGCAAAUGUAUUUUGGAAAAUUGCUCUGAAGAUCUGUCCUUCAUCUCAAAACGAAUUGACAAAACCGUUGUGGAUUGCCUUCAGUCUGUGAUAUCAAGUUCAUUUGAAAAGAUCUCCUAUGCAGAAGCAGUGGAUAUUCUUAAACGGGUUACGGAGAAGACAUUUGAGACCAAAAUUGAGUGGGGUGUUCCUCUAGCUGAAGAACAUGAAAGUUAUUUGACUGAAGAGAUCUACAAAAGGCCUGUGAUCAUAUACAAUUAUCCAAAAGAGCUUAAGCCAUUCUAUGUGCGCCUGAAUGAAGAUGGGAAGACAGUCGCAGCAUUUGAUGUGUUUGUACCAAAGGCUGGAGCUUUGAUUCGAGGUAGCCAAAAUGAGGAGCGCCUGAGUAUGUUGAGUACAAGGAUUAAGGAAUUGGGGUUGGCCAAGGAGCAGUAUGAAUGGUAUCUAGAUCUUCGCAGGCAUGGCACUGUCAAACACUCUGGCUUUAGUCUUGUGUUUGAUAUUCUGGUCCUCUAUGCUACUGGCCUCAAGGAUGUCCGAGAUGUUAUCCCUUUCCCCAGAAGCAUUGGUAAAGCCAUUAACUGAUUUCACUUCCAGCAAAACCAUCACUCCAAGAUUGGAGAGAGCUAUUUAAAACUCCAUGCACAGAAGAUAAAAAGAUCCAUACAUAGCAUACUGUAAUUACAUACAAACAGGCCAAUCUUCUUUUGUGUACUGCAAUAAUGAUUCCGGUUUGAUGCUCUUGUAUAAAUACAGAAAUUCAAAAGUGAAAUUUCAAACAGAAAUGAAAUUGUGCAGUAAGUUUCUGCUUUAUUUUGUUGCAAACUAAUCUGACACGACACCGACUAAGGCUUAGAAACAACGGAUAUAUAACUGGCCAUUGAAGUAUCGACUGAGGUGUCUUGCUUAUCAAGAGGAAAAUAAAAAGGAUAGAGCUCAUAUCGGACAUAACAACUGCUGUAUAGAACCCGACACCCCCUCCGAUUGUCGCAGAAGUUGGGGAAGUUGCCAACGGCUAUGGCCAGACACUGAGCACAAGAUAGUGGCGAUAGGUCCCUUGUGCAUUGCACCAAGGCAUAAAGUGUUAAAAAAGGUGACAGUGUAGUCUUUCCUUUCCCAAGCCCUUUGUUUGCAGGCACAACGGCUUCUGAACUAAUAUUAUCCAUCAGGGCUCCAAGUUGUUUGUUGAAAGUUUCAGGGUCUGUCACAUUAUUGACAUUGUAGUAGUAAAUACCAAAACCCGUGUCGACGACCCCGAAGAAAUCUUCUGUGGUAUACCUUAGGAAGCAAUACUCGUACCAAAUCCUGGCAUCGGCUUCGUUUGGACAACCUUUUCGGAUUUCUGUUGCUGCUUCGUUGAUGCAGUCUGAGCAGUCUUUGGUGCUCACGUCCCCUCUACAUUGUGCCAGGCCAUAGACUUGGGAUUCAGCUUUACCAUAGGAAGUAGCAGUGAAUCCAUUUUGGGCAGUGCUCUGAACCAGUUUAGCUAA